UGCAUGCUGUUAUGGAAAUUUGAGUAAACUUGUUUUGCACAAAUAAAUGUGCUCAGAAAACGAAAACUCGAGAGUUUGUUAGAAAGUUAUGGAAAAUAAAAUCCACAUUUGUGUGAAAAAUGCAAAAUAUAAAGCCGAAAAUAAAUUGGAAAUAUAUUAAUGUGAGAAGAAAUGUAAUUGAUAUAAGUGCGUGCAGAAAAAGGAAAAGAUAAAGGAUGAAAUGCAGACAUGCGACAAAGAGAGGGAUAAUCGUUGCAGCAGGGGAUACGACUGCUCGAGAGAAGAGAAAAGACGGUCGCGCGCGCUUCAUCGCCCCGGUGAGGUUUUUCAGUUUCCUUUGAAUCGCCGUGAGUGUAUCAUCACCAUCAGGCGGAUGCGAUCGACACGAUGAUGCGCGUGUGAAAGUUUGCCGUUCAUGUACUUCCUUGCGCGCAUCCUCCACGGAGACAUUCGAUCGAAUACUCAAAAUAAAGUGGUACACUAUAAUGAUUGAUGAUGAUUGUUCUUUUCCGCCGACGCCCCUGAAUGAGUGCGAGUGAAAGUUCGAAAGACAGACGGGCACCAUGAAGAAGCUACGAUGAUCUGUCGAUGACGAGAGCGCAGCUGUUGGAGCACGCGGCGAUGGUCCGGACCGGCUUUGGACGAAUAAUCUGCAUGCGGUAGCGCCCUAUGCGUCAUCGAACGCCAUCGUCGAAUGUCAUCGGGGGAUGCAUUCGAACGCCGGCGUUCGAGCGCCGAUCCCGCGUGAUUCAAGGAUCAAUUUUGAUGCUAUAGAAAGACAACGCGUGUCACCUACGAUCGAGCCAUAUGGGAUUGAAUGGGUACGAUCAGACUCGGGCGAGAUCUCCAAGUUCGCAGGCGGCAUCAUAGGCAAGUCAGCAGCUGCGACACGGAUUAAUAAUACGAGAAGAUGUUACAAAACAUCCAUCAGUUCCGGUUAUUCGAGCCAUUCUCCGCUGUUGUCGGUCGGUUCGUGCUCUUAUUACGCAUCAACAUCGACGAGAGAUCUGUCAUACGGUGGUCUAGCUGUGAUUCACGAGAGCGAGACAGCUUGUGUACCGCAAUCCAUUUGGCCUUCCGCGUAUCAUCAGGUCGAAAAUAUCGAUUACGAAGGUAUUUAUACGUGUCGCGUAUGUGGUUGCACGUGUAGCUAUCCACCGUCAUCAUCGCCACCGACAUCAUCACCGCUGAGGGCAUCAGCGCGCGAGGUGCUGCUCGAAUUAUCUCGAACUCUCAAUUCUGUGAUAGAGGGUGACAUUGCUGUGGCACCGGAGGACAUCUUGCGCGAUAUCUCGCGCAUCAUUUCUCUCGAGAUUGGUCCAAGAAGUGACAAUUUAUACGAAUACGUUUGCCCUUCCUGGACUUUCAACGACGAUAAUCUAUUGGCAUCGUCGAAUUAUAUCAAGGAUGCGUCGUCGAGAGUAAAUUCUGCCAACUCUGAAUUGUACGUCGGUCCUCGCGCUUUCUACGAGAAUAACUCGGUGGGAUCCGCGUUGUUGCUUAAGAACGACAGGAUAACGAGACGCGAAAACAUAGAAAGGGAAUCUUGCGAAACGUCCAGUGGCCCGUAUAUCCUUGAAUAUCUCAAUGACAGACACGUUGGAAGUGCUUGUGGAUUAGUUAAAGCUUCUAAGCGUUGCCAAAACGGGCUCACCUCGAAAUCCGAAUCGAAAUAUUCAGCGCAGCUGGAUUACAGCGACAUUGGCUCGUCUAGCGAAGAAACGAUCGCCUCGUCGAACGAUUGGAAUCGUCGCUUGGCCGUCAGAGGCUUCGGAGAAGAUUUCGAUUUCACUCUCGAUGUAACACGUGCGGAGCGUUUAAGUCGAACAAUCGCAAAGGCGAAACGAAAACGGCAAUGGUGCAGAGCCCUCACUACUCUUUUUGGUUUAAUUUUCUUCGUAUUAAGCGUCAUCGUCGUCUCGUUAUGCGUAACGAGAGGUCGUAAGGUGUUUGGAAGUAUUUAAGAGUCAAAGAUGAUUUCUCUCAUCCGGAUGCAACCAUUCCUUGAAAUUGCGCGGAAGCAUCCCACAUAUGUUAUCACAAUAAUCACUCACAGCAACCCAGUGCUUAGGAUUUUUCCUUUGCUAAACUUUGACCAGUCGAAGAGUUCCGUGAACGAUACAUUAUAUUUUAAUAUAUCUAGAAUAUCCUACGGAAUAUUUUGGUAGCUCUUACCAUAUUUUGUGAUACAAUACUCGUUUUAUAUAUAUAUAUUUCAGUACCUUAUAUAGAUGUAGAAAUAUCCUAUAAUCUCGCAAUGAAUGGCUGUGACCAUGUCCUUAUGUAUAUAAUUAAAUAUUAGAGAUCGUGUGUAGCAAAUACGAUCGUAUGCUAAAUAUAUAAAAAUAAUUAAAAUAUAAUUUACAGAAAGGCGUGGUAACGUUAUUCUAUAUAUAUAAUAUCUAUUAGUUUUUAACGAAAAAUACACAAUGUCAUACAAUUGAUUAUCAAAUAAAAUAAAUUUUCGGAAUUAAACAAAUUUGAUAGACAAUUGCGUGACGUUGUAUUUACCUGUAUUCUCUAAUCAUUAUAUCUAAUUAGUUACAUCUAUGCAGUUGAUAAUUUAUACGCGCAUGCGUAUUAAAUUUAACACUAGUCCAAGCCUAGUCGCGCUCAGCGCGGCGCUGCAAACGGCAAACACUGAUAAUGAAGAUAUGAUAAAAAUGUGAAAACUGUAAACUUAUAUGAAAACGUAUAACAAAACAAUUUUCGUAUAUUACGAUUACAAGUGCAUUAAUAUAGUGCUGAUAAUCAUCAGCGCGACAA